CGUUGCCGGGCGGUUCCAGUGCCAUGAUGUAGAGUGCGCUAGUGUCGCGUGUGUGUGACCUUUGGAUAUAUGUGGCCAGGAAACUAGUGACUCACGGUGUAGCCUGUGAUGCCAUGUAUCUAGGCAGUGUUUCGGCUGUGCCGGACAAGACCGAGGACUCUAGCAUGACUCAUUGUCCAGUCUCAAGGACAAUAUCGUUCCUAGGAGUCGCUAUCCUCGUCCAUCUCAUUGUCAUCACUUCAUUGGCUGAUAGAGGGCCCUCAGAAGAAAGUCAGGAUGAGCUACCUCGCAGCAAGCGAAGUGUCGAGUCCAAGCACCACCGGAAUGUGGAAAACACAGUAGGACAAGAGAGUGCGACCCGCAGUGCAGUGUUUGCUACAGAGAACUCUACUGUUGUGACCGCUCAGAUGGCGAGCACAGCAACGCUGCCCUGCACAGUCAGAAAGUUUGGCACGGGCGUUGUGUCCUGGAUUAGACGGAAGGACUUCCAGCUGUUGACUGUAGGACUAGCCACAUACAGCAGUGACGACAGGUUCAUGGUAGAGCAUGCUAGGCAUCUCCAGAACUGGGGUCUCCAAAUACACAAGGUGCAGAAAUCCGACGCUGGAAUGUACGAAUGCCAGGUGUCCACCCAUCCUCCAACCAGUAUAUUCGUUGAGCUGAAAGUCAUAGAGGCAAUCGCAGACAUUCUCGGCUCGCCAGAUCUCCACAUCAAGAGCGGGAGUCAGCUGCGGCUGGUUUGUACGCUGAGACACAGCACAGAGGCCCCUGUCUAUGUGUUCUGGUACCACGGGGACAGGAUGAUCAACUACGACAAGGAGAGAGGGGUCAGCGUGAGGAGUGAUCGCAAGAGUAGUGUGUUGGCGAUCAGCACAGCUGACAAGACUGACAGUGGCAACUACACGUGUGUACCCUCCAAUGCUAAACCUGCCACCAUCAACGUGCACGUGCUCAACGGCACGGUGGACGGUGAGAAGCCAGCUGCAAUGCAGCACGGCGGGAGAAACUACGCGUCACAGCUGACUACAACCACGUUACUACUGAUGACGUCAGCAGCCUCUCUCAUCAGAUGAUCUUGCUGAUCAAGACAGUAAAAGGAUUGGUGCUAGUUGUACAACGUAGAGCCAACGGUGGCCCAGCUGGAGAAUGUAACCAAAGUUUGUUGUAACAUUCUCCAAUGGAACGCCUGGAACUUUAUGGACAAGUCUUUUCAUAUCCUACAUGUUUUACUUGUCUGUUUUACUAAUGCAGACUAUUAGGUUGUUAAGGCAACAAUGUGAUAAAGUAUACUGAAGGUGUGAGGCGAUAUUUUUCUCGAUUGUAUAUAGUGUUGUUGAGUUGUUGAUGGGUUUCGCAAUAAUGCGUAAAUGUUGCUGUGGUUUACUAAGGAUUGAUAGUAAAGAAAUGUAUUACUUUUUUGGUUUUAUUUGUUAGUUUAUAAAAAACUUAUAAUUGACCCUAAGUGUUGGUUUUUUGUAAAACGUGAUAUCAAUAUGAGUAUCACGAGUUUUUGGGUUUUACGGAAAAAUAAGUCCAGUUUUACUUUUCUAUCCUACAAUAAACUGUUAUGAAUAUAAAUACAUCUGCUUUACGUUUACCCUAACUUAUUUAAAAGCUCUUAGUGGUAUACAGUUAAUAUGAUUUGUUCUUUUUUUUAAUUCUAUAUACCUAAACAUAAUUGUGGUAUUUAUUGAAAUAAAAUACACAUAUUGUGUUAAUACAAGUGCCAUAAACAAAAGCAUCUGCAUGAUUUCUUUAAAAAUGAAAUUUACUUAGAGAUAAAACAUUUUUGAGUACUGACCAGGAUCAAGGGAGAAUGAGAUUCUUAGUUCAGAGAGCUCUAAACUGAUUACCAAGAUUAAUUAAUUGCAGAAACAUUUUGAGAAUACCUCAGCCUACUUUACGAACGUCGAACUAAAUUUAAAUUGAAUCUUUAUUUUUCAUUCGUUGAUAUGCUUUAAAUGAAAAAUAUAAUUUUGUGCUUGCAAUAGUAAUUAACAAUUUACUAUACUUAUAUUUUCCUAAUACAUAUUACACAUGUUGAGUAUUUUAAACUUUAACCUGUAUAAAUUUGAUCGUAUACUUUGUCUUACAUGUACAAUUCUAACGUAUUCAUCAGUUUUAUACGUUAGAUUUAUUAGUAACACAGAACAUUGUAAAUAUGUUAUUCAGUUAUUUGAAAUACGUACUAAAUAUCUCAAUUGUAAUUAAGACAAGUUGUUUACAUUGGUGGACAGUAUUAUGAUAAUUGUAAUUAUAAUAAAUA